CCUUCUGACACUAAAGACCCCUGCACUGAGCAAGGGAAAGAAACACCAGCUGCGGGAGCCUCAGAAGGAAAACUCUAGGGUGACUUAGGAGGAGGAUCACACUGGGAGCUCUGCACUCACUACAAGGGGUCAAGGCAAAAUUAGAGUAGGGCGGGGGAAUUUGGUUCUAAAGGAUCAGUCUAUUUUUUCUGCCCCCCCCAUCCCCCUUAUUUUUAAUUGCUGUAGAGAAAGAAAUACAGGAAGGAAAAACUCUUGUGUGGAGAGCGAGGACAGGAACAGCUGGAGUUUUCUUUGCAAGAGGGUGGGGAGCAGGGGAGGCUGUUGUGUUAGCUGUAUCCUGAGUCCUCAGAACACCUCUGCUCUUGCUCGGCAGCUUGGGCUGCACGCUGCCGUCUCAAAGGUCGCUUGUGAUAAACAUAGGGCCUCCGCCCCCCAACCUUGGGUGCUACGGCUUUGGCUGUGACAUUCAGUCUUUUCCAUGCUGGAGAAGUAGUAGCGAGCGAUGUGAUAGACAGAGGGGGACGCUGCUGGCUUGGCUGGACCUGCUGCUGCAACCAUGUGUCUCUCUCUCUGGCUGUGACACAGUAACAAGGAAAUUGGUGGGAUCUUUCUUUAUCUCCACAAGGGAAAGGUGACCUGCACAAAGGCUGGCAGCGAUGGAGGAGGACAUGGGCAGCAUGCAGCAGAAGGCUGCUGAGCUGGAGCACAUGGCUGAGGUCUUGCUCACUGGGGAGCAGUUACGGCUCAGACUGCAUGAAGAAAAGGUAAUUAAAGAUCGAAGGCAUCAUCUCAAGACAUAUCCAAACUGCUUUGUUGCCAAAGAAUUGAUUGACUGGCUGAUUGAUCGCAAAGAGGCCUCAGACAGAGAGACAGCAAUUAAACUUGUGCAGAAAUUAUUGGAUCGCAGCAUUAUCCAUCAUGUUUGUGAUGAGCAUAAGGAAUUCAAGGAUGUCAAACUUUUCUACCGCUUUAGGAAAGAUGAUGGAACUUUGCCACUGGAUAACGAGGUGAAGGUGUUCAUGAGAGGACAGAGGCUAUAUGAAAAGCUGAUGAAUUCUGAGAACACACUUUUACAAGCCAGGGAAGAGGAGGGAGUCAAAUAUGAACGGACCAUCAUGGCAUCUGAGUUGAUUGAGUGGCUGAUCCAGGAAGGAGAAGUUACAACAAGGACUGAGGCAGAACAACUUGGCCGUAGACUGUUGGAGCAUGGAAUUAUACAGCACGUGUCCAACAAGCACCAUUUUAUGGAUAGCAACCUGCUGUACCAGUUCAGAAUGAAUUUCCGCCGGCGACGGAGGCUGAUGGAGUUGCUCCCUGAGAAAUCCCGUUUGAUGCCAGAAAGUCACGACAGUCCCUUUUGCCUGCGCAAGCAGAACCAUGACAACCGAAAACACACCAGUUUUCAGUCAGUGAGUCCCACCAAAGAGAUAAAGAUCGUGUCAGCAGUCAGAAGGAGUAGCAUGAGCAGCUGCGGCAGUAGUGGUUACUUCAGCAGCAGCCCUACCCUCAGCAGCAGUCCCCCAGUAUUAUGCAACCCAAAAUCUGUAUUAAAGAGACCAGUGACUUCUGACGAACUCUUGAUGCCUGGAGCUCCAUAUGCAAGAAAAACAUUCACAGUUGUUGGUGAUGCUGUUGGGUGGGGUUUUGUUGUGCGGGGGAGCAAGCCCUGCCAUAUUCAGGCUGUGGAUCCCAGUGGCCCUGCAGCUGCGGCAGGGAUGAAGGUCUGUCAGUUUGUGGUUUCUGUGAAUGGACUCAAUGUUCUCCAUGUGGACUACAGGACCGUGAGCAAUCUCAUUCUGACUGGCCCUCGAACUAUUGUCAUGGAAGUGAUGGAGGAAUUAGACUCCUGAGAAGGAAAUUUCCUCACUGGAAGCUGUGAAUAGAAAUAGAACCAAUGCAACGCCAAACAACACAAGGGGGCGAAACCUUGCCUUGUCUAACUAGAUUAUUCUGCCUUUCAGGUGCUUUCCCCUUCAGUUUAACAAUAGUAGCUGUGAUUCAUAUGCUAAGAAGUGAACAGUAUAUAGCAGCAUGUUAUCAUUUAAGACCCGAUCCUGCAAACUGUUCUGCUGAAGACAAGGACCAGGGCUUUAGUUGUCAAUCCAGCUGUAUCUGUUGGGAUGGUAUCCUACUUAAAAGGCUGCACGUAACUUCCCUUGCCGUUCAACCCUGUGAUCACAAUACUUGAAAAGAAGAAUGUUUGGUAAGGACUUUCCUUAUGGUUGGCAUGGCAUAUGAAUGUCAGCGUACUCCCUUCCAUGUAAUUUAGGCGUGUCCAAAGUACGUCCCCAGGAGAGCGGCUUCCUGCUACUGCUCCCUCUCUGUAAUCAUAGAGCAAAGAGAAAGGUGAUCAACUUCACGUUUAUUGUCAGUGAAUUCAAACAAGUAGCAGACAACAUUGCAAUUCGUAGAGAUGAAAAAAUGUGCGCCUUUCUGUGGAAUCCACUGAAUUACCAGAGAUGGGUAGUCCUAUAAAAACUUGCAGCAAUUGUUCUAUGAAGGAAAAUACAAGAGCACACAAAUGUUAUGGAUGUGUGCAUUAAUUUUUCAUUUUGAACAUAUGGCCUUUGAAAACCAGACCUCUUCUAGGUGUCUAAGUACAGAUUUAGGAGCCCAAGUUUGAAAAUUUUGGUCUAUAUAACUUCUGUCUAAACUACAUGUGGCUCUUAGUCUCCUGGUAACAAGUCAAUGUGGUUCUUUUCACAAAGUUUGGAUAUCCCUGAUAUCAGAAGAAUGAUAAUAUUUUAAAGAGCUGAAGUCAGAGAAUCACAAUGUUAGCAUUAGCAUUGAAAUAUUUAGUAGCUCUGAUAUGGUACAGUACUCUUCAAAUUGAAGCAAUGUACUUCAAUGUGUCUUUGAUUAUCAGCAUUUUCAAACCAUUAAAUGCUUGAAAA